UGAGCACUAUAGGCAGAACACGUACGUGGAACAUCAUCAAAUUGUGUGUUCUUUCAGCCCCUCAACAGCCGCGUGAACCUGUGGCGGCUGGCUGCAGGUGUUGCUGGUGAUGCUUCUAGCUUGCUUCCUGUUGCUGUUGGCAAAGAAUGCUCGAGGGCAGUUCCAGUUCGAGAUCCCCGCCGAGAUGUUGCAAGGGAUGAUGGGAGGUGGUAUGAUGGGCGGUGGUGGACGCAAAGGAGCUGAGUGGCCCAAAACCGAGAACUCUGAAAUCUCAGCCGAGUUUGAGUGGCUGGUGAACACCGAGUGGGAAGGGAAGACCUCCAAGUACCUGCUUCUACGGGACGGCUUCGUCGAGUCUCCUUUGAAGGAGUGCGAGCCUGAGGGUCAUUGUCUAUGGGCGGCCAACAAUGGCCGUGUCCUGAUUAACACGCCGAAGCUCAAGGUGGUGAAAUUCACCAUUGAGGGCUUAGAGCAAGUGGAUCGGAAGAAGCUGGACAACAAGGAGGAAUCUGAACUCCAGAAGGUCUCCUUAGUGAUGGAGAAGCCAAGUAAGAGCACGGGAAAGAAAGGCAAGCUUGACUUCAAGCGAGUCGCCAUGGCCGACGAGCAGGAGAGCAUGAUCAGCGCAGACCUCUACAAGAUCUUGGAUGUCGCAGAAGAUGCAGAGCAAAGUGCCAUUAAGAGCAAGUAUCGUCGCCUCUCAGUGCAGUAUCACCCAGACAAAGGUGGGGAUCCAAAAGUCUUCAACGACAUCCGGGAAGCCUAUGAGGUCCUGGAUGAUCCUGAAAAGCGACGGCAAUACAAUCUGGGUGGGAUGCAGCUGGUGAAGAACGUGGAGAUAGCUUGGAAGGAGGUGGAAGGGCAAAAGGCGCAGCUAGAUGCGCAGCUCAACCAGGUGCCAAAGAAUCAUCCACAGUACCAGAUGUUCAAACAGCAGAUUGAGCAGCAAAAGCGGCAGUUUGACAAGGCAAACGUGGAGAGUAAGAUCCAACAGAAGCUGCAGAGUGAGGAGUUAGAGGUCCUGGUGCCCAUCUCAGCCUCCGAACUCUACAACGGCGUGGAGAAGAAGAUCUUCGUCUUUCAAAGGUCGAUGAUUUGUAGAGGCUGCAAAGAAGACCCGACGAGGCCGGAAUGCCAAGAUUGUGGUCGUUGCCCUCCGGAGAAGGUCCAGGUGCCGAAGUAUGGCAUGACACCCUUCGGGCGGCAGGUCGUCGGCAUGAGGGAAAAGGAGCAGGAAAGCCGGGAACGAUGCCACGAAGUGGGGGUCGAGGUGGCCGUGCGUGUGGCCAAAGGUGCCAAGCAAGGCUCGUCUCUCAAGGUGCUCCCCAACAUGGGGCACCAGACACCGGGCAAGUUCCCUGGCAAGGUGAACUUCAAGGUUCAGCGAGGAAGCAAAGAGGAUAGCUACCGGAUUGCUGAGUCGGAUUUGCACACGGUGCUCCACAUCUCCUUAGAACAGGCCAUCUUUGGCUUUUCGAUCUCUUGGAGACACCUAGGUCAAGAGACUGUACCUUGAGCUGGCAGAUUGGUCGGUGGGAUGCUGGAGGGGCCUUUUUUACAGGGGCUUCAUGUGGCCAUUAGAAACAGCCACACAAUCCCACAUAAUAAUGCCAUAUGGGCACUCCUGCGUGGUUCUUGUUGGGAACAAACACCUGAAAUGUGUCCAAAUGGUUUGCUCGCUUGAGCAACAUGGACGGUUUAAGGAGGUUCCUGGUUCAACCCUGUAGGUUUGCAAGACUCCCCAAGGUCCAUCCCAAGCAUGCAUUUCGCUACCAGUACUGGCUGGUGCUUGUUCUUCUUUUCUACUCUUUGUUUUUGAAUUGUUGUUUGCACUCAUGGGUAUAUACAUGUCGUGAAUACAUUCUUCCAACCUCUGGAGGUUGGUUGGUUUGUGUUGAAAUGAUGUCGUGGAGUUUGUGCUCGUGGAAGGUAGGACAGCAAUCCCUUUACAGAUGCACGGGUAGGCAUCAAGUCGUUCGGACACCAACCAAAAAACAAACUGAUGAAGGGCAAGACUGGCGACGAUCGGCGAAUUCACACUCU